UUAUGAUUAUUGUAGUAGUAGUGGUACUACUAGUAGAAGUAGUAGUACUAUCUGUCCAAUACCUGUACUGUCUCUUUAAAUCUGCACUGCCGUCCAGAGCGUAUGACGUCAUCACGUAGCUUUCCCUCCCGUGUCGUGCCAGAAACAGAGCAGAGGUAGGCGUCGCUUUUCUCCGCAGCGAUAUGAAUAGUCAUUUCGGCUUUGUAGAACAGUAAAUUUAGUAAUACGCAUUUCUAAGUGAUACAUUGAAGUUGCGAAGGUGCAAUUGUGUUUUGCAUCCCAAUAUAAAGUUUGUAAAUAUACUUUUAGAACUUACAGUGGACUGAUGUUUGUAAACGCUGCAGGGUCUGUGUAGUGGUGCUUGAGGGAGAUGCUGCUGCUGCUUAACCACACGGACCUUGUGUUUCAUGCAUUUUAUUGCACAGAUGUAUAGAUGUUGUGAUCCCACCCAGCUGCCCACCAGUAAAUGACAGACAGAACCAGCAGCCAGUGCGGCCCGACUCCUCCUUUCUUGUGUUGUCAAAACACAACACAGACAGCCGAAUAACGGAUGUGCCGCCAUUUUUAAAAGUCCAAUAGAAAGAGCCAGGCACGCAGUUAGACUCACAUUGUGAAGUAGCUAAAGGGUCUCAAACAGCAGCACAUGAUGCCACGUUCUAAAGAGACUCAAGAACACAUGCGAAACCAAGUCAUUGACAUUUAUCAGUCUGGAAAGGGUUACAAAUCCAUUGCUAAAGCUCUGGGACUCCAGAGAACCACAGUGAGAGCCAUUAUCCAGAAAUGGAGAAAACACGGAACAGUGGUGAACCUUCCCAGGAGUGGCCGACCGACCAACGUUUCUAUCAGAGCGCGUCAACGGCUCAUCCAGGAGGUGACAACAGAACCCAGACAAACAUCAGAAGAACUGCAGGCCUCACUGGCCUUGGUUCAGGCCGAUCAAGUGUCUGCUGGGCCAACAGAUGACACAGAAGGAGAUCCAGACGAUGAAAAGACCGACUCUAACACCGUCCCAGAAGUUGGCCAGAAUACAUCUCCUUCCUCAUCUGAUAUUGAAGAAGAUCCUACGCUAAGUGGGGAUCAUGCGUCUGCUGGGCCAACAGACGACAGAGAAGGAGAUCCAGACCAUGACAUGCUCUCUGUGAGAGAUUACAGCACUGUUGAAGAUGACGGCGAGAGUACAGAUUCUUCCUCAUCUGAUACUGAAGCCACAGAUGAAGAUCCUAUGGCCGAUUAUGUGUCUGCUGGGUUAACAGACGACAGAGGAGGAGAUCCAGAGUAUGACAUGUAUGGAGAAGAAAUUAGCCCUGUUUCAUCUGAUGACGAGACUGCAGAAGAAGAUCCAAUGGAGCAGCUUUUUGACUUCAACGAGGAAAAGAAGAUUUAUGCUGGUUCUUCAGUAACAACAGGAGCUCUCCUGCUUCUGCUCGUGGUUUUCAUCCUGAAACACGGUCUGUCCAAAGCAGCAACCAAAGACCUGCUGGACCUCCUUAACUUCAUGGUGCCUGGAUGUGUCCCGAAGUCAUGGCAUUUUUUUAAGAAACAUUUGACUGAUUCUAGUCCCACCACAGAGCUCCACUUCUACUGUCCGAGGUGUACGAGCUAUCUGGGAGUCGAUCCUGGUGAUGAGUGUUUAGUCUGUCAGAAGAGUCUGAGCAGAAAAGGUCUCCUAGAGAAGGCUUACUACUUCCUGGUAAUGCCGCUUGAAAUUCAGCUGAGAAACAUCCUCGCAAACAUCCAUGAGAAGCUGGGGAAACAUUUCACAAGAGAGGCUUCCAUUUCUGAUGUGAACACGGGAAGCAAAUACAAGCGUGACAGACAGGACGCCAGUAUUACACUUAGCUUCAACUGCAAAGGCUCCCCGGUGUCCAACUCAUCAAAGUUUUCAGUUUGGCCCAUCCUGUGUACGAUCAACGAGCUUCCAUACGUGGACAGAUGUAAAAACGUUCUGCUGCACACUUUAUGGUUCGGCCGAGGCAAACCUCAGGUUCAGAGUUUUUUCACGCCGUUCAUUAACGAAGUGCAGAAACUCUCCGAGGAAGGUUUUUAUUGGAGAGACGAGGACGGCUUCGAACGUCACACCAGAGUAACCGCUCGAGUCUGUGUUUGUGACACUGUAGCGAGGGCGAUGCUGCAGAACUUCAAACCGUUCAACAGAGAGUUUGGAUGUGGUUUCUGCUACCACAAAGGUGAGAUGGUUCAGACGGGCAGUGGUUAUACCAGAAUUUAUCCCAUCCAGGUUGACGGGUGCGACCUGAGACAUAUGGUUGAAACGGUGCAGAUUGCUGAGUUUGUCAUGGAAAAUGAUGAUGACGAGCAUCAAAUGGGUGUUAAAGGUCCAAGUCCACUGAUUCUGUUGCCUUUUUUUGACAUUAUCCAGGGGUUUAUACCAGAUUAUAUGCAUUGUGUCUGUCUUGGUGUCACCCGUCAAUUCGUCAAUCUUUGGUUUGAUCCUCUUUAUGCCAACAAGGGCUUCCAUUUAACACAUCUGCAUUUAUCUAACCUGGACAAAGCAGUGCAUGAGAUCCAGCCGCCAGAUGAAAUCGGACAAGGCCCCAGGCGCCUCAGUGAGAGGAUGUACUGGAAAGCUUCUGAGUGGAGGGCAUUUGCUCUCCUCUACUCUCCCAUAAUACUGAGGAAUGUCUUACCAGCGUUGUACUACAAACACUGGAUGCUUCUUGUUUGUGCCCUUCACACCCUCCUCUCCCAGUUUGCUACUCAGGAUGAGCUGAAUUGUGCCGAGUUGUGUUUGGUUCAGUUCGUAGCAAAGAUCCCGUCUCUCUACGGACUCGAGCAUUGUUCCUAUAACUGCCACCUUCUGACCCAUCUCUCUGAGAGUGCUCGGGACUGGGGUCUUCUAUGGGCCAAUUCGGCGUUUGUCUAUGAAAGUAUGAACAACAGACUCUUGCAGAUGUUCUCCGGCACAAAGUCCGUUUCUUCGCAGAUUUUCAAGAAUUUCUUUUCGUACGAGAAGGUUGUAAGAAAAGGUAGCGCUGUACUUGAGGAUGCAAGCACAAAAUUGAAAGACAUCUUUUGCUCCGUGACAAGUUGUGAUGUUGUUUCUAAGUCAUCAGAUUGCAUCGGAGAACAUUUAGUGACUUUGGGAUGUGGCUCUUGUAGAUAUUUAAGCACAAGGGAAGUUGCUGCAUUGCAGAAGAGCGACACACUUGCGUGGUGCCAUCGACAUUGUGAAAGUGUAACUGAAUAUAAGCGCUGCGUUUACAAAAACAUGUUAGUCACCUCUUCAGACGACAGUGUUGCAGUCAAAAGGAACAAUUCUGUGAUAGAAACGACCAGUUGCUUUGCCCUGGUUGAGUCUUUGGUUGUUGUACAGAAACCCUGCAGCUGUGAAGGAGCUGCAAACUGCUACUGCAGAGAACUGAUCAUUUUCUACAAGCAGCUGCAGCCAAUCAGCAGACAGCUGGUAAUCAAUGUCUCACAGAUCAACGCAAACAUUGCAAAAUUCCUCGUAAAGGUGAAGCGCUCAAAUGAAUUGUGUGCAAUGACAUGUGUGGACAUUACUGCCAAAUGUGUCAUGAUUGAAAGUGAGGGUCAGUUAUAUGUCAUGAAAAUGCCAGUGUUUUGAGAUGAGCUAAAUGUCUCCGGACUUAAUAUGUUUGCUUUUCGUUGGGAUGUCAUAGAAGGUCCGCAUUCACACAGCAGGAUUGUGUGAUUUGACUGUAAAUUCUGUAAGAUACAUCCUCCCUGUUACUGUAUCUUAGGCCAUUGUGGGCCUUUAUAGCACUUUUAGGUUGUUAGAGAAUGUUUGCAUUAAUACAUCCACCUGGCGUUUUGUUACCAAUCUUCUGAACCCCAAAACCCAUCAGUGGGUUUAAACUGCAUUUUAUGUUAAAAAGAAUUGCCAAAGAUAAGCUAUAUAUCAGAAACAGAAACAGUAAAGGCUUUCCAACAGUGCUUGAGAGAAUAGUGUAAGAUGUAAGGUAGGAAAAACAACCAAAUCUAAGCAUGAAGUUCUGAUAUUUCAUCAAAAACACUUUAUUCUGUAUCUCAUUUAUAAUUUUCUCCAAAAUAACGCAUUUGCGCUAGAUCCUAUAAAAAAAACACUACAUUUCCGCACCUCUUGGCUUUCCAAGAAGCCAUGAUUAAUUGAGCUACGACCUACAGUCACCUGACAACAAUUCAGACUUUUAGGCUGAACUGCAGGCUGUGUUUACACAGAGCAGACAAGGCACAACGAAAGAGUGGGGGGAAAAAACAUGCUGGAUCAAUACAGUAAAUGCAGCAUGGCUCCAAAACAGUAUACAGAGGAGCAGGUUUUCAUCCUGCUGGAGCAAAUGUUCAGCAUGGUGAAACAUCUUUCUAGAGUUAGCUUGCAGAGCAGUGUAAAAGUUUGAAUAGUAUGUGAGGCCUUUUUCACAGUAACUCCUGGGGGUACUCCAAAAAGUGUACAUAUUGAUUAUAGUUUUUUUAAAUUUUGCGUAAAACAAGUAGCUAUAUUUUUUAUGAUUUAUGGCAUUUUGACUUUGUUUUACUGCACAGAAGACAUGUCUGAGUUCUCUCUGUGUGUAGCUAUAGUUGUGUUGUUUCCAUAGACGUGCAGGACUUUAUAUUGCAGUGAAAAAAGAGCCCAUAGUGAGUGAAAAUGUCACGGGCGCAAAAAAAAAAAAAAAAGCCCAGUUUGAGGUUCAGAGGGUUAGAAUUUCAUAAGUUGUGCAGUAAUGCACAUUUUGUAUAAUGUAUAACCGUAAAUACAGUAUUUUCUAGUGAAUGUAAAGUACGGGCAAAAAUACAGAGACCAUAAGAUGCUUCUAUUUUGCGUUUGAAUUUGUGAAAAAUGUCAAGGAAUGUCAAAAUGUCUUGUUUGCCCCCAUUUUGCUUCAACAUCUUCCUUAGUUCCUGAAUAGCCACAUUAUAGCGUUAUGAUGUGACCAUGUUACAAAGAUCUUCUGGUUGUAUCAGGAGUAAUGCUGGACUUCCUCAGGCUUCACAUGUCCCCAUAAAUGCUCAGUGAGGUUGAGGUCAGGAGACUGUGGCAGAAAGUCCUGGACAGCCAACAAUCCUUUGACGCUUUGAGGUGUGUUUGGGUUUGUUAUGGUGCUGCAGCAUGAAUCCUUUGACUUUUUGGUCUCGUUUAGGGGGAUCUUUGACAGUUUUUGCAUUUUUUUUUUUUUUUUUGUUAAGUGUGCCUUUUGGUAUUCUAGUCCAAUGAUAAAUCAGAAAGCUUAAUAAUUAUUGUUGCAGUACACUCCAAAGAUUAAUAUACCAACACUGGCACUAGAGGUAUAUUGCUGUGGUACUGACAUGGUGUCUGAAUCUGAAGUUUAAAUUAUGGCCUUCACACUACUGUUUUUCUUUAUCUGUCUGUGUUGUUUGUUGAAUAUCUUUUGGAUGUUUCACCAGCCCGGCACCUUGGAGCUUCUCAGCUUGUUGGUGUGCACCAUGAUGUUGUAUAUAUGUGGUUUUCAUUGUUCAAGAAAAUAUCCUGACUCCACGACAGUCCAAGUGGGAUUAAAGCCUUGUUAAUCAAUAAAAACACUUUUGUGACUAAGAAUAA